GAAGGGGUUAGAAAAGGAGAGAGUGAAGGGGUAAAAAGGACAAAACAGGGUAGGACAGAAAGGUUGCUGGCUGCCGUGUUUUUACAAUAGAGUGAGCAUGGAGCAGCAAAACCAAAACAGGAGAACACAGCUCAGCUGUAUGUUGGAUCAAUAAAUGCUAGAUGAGUUCAGACUUAAAGCGAUGGAGUGGAGAACUCAUUAAGAGGCAUCGCUUUGCUGACUGCAUGCGGAUUCCUUUUUUUUUUUUAAUAUCAGACAAUACAAGGAGCAAGUCUCUCUACACACCAGGAUGCAACUUUAACUUGGAGUGAGGAAAACUUAAAGCUGGAUUAUAUGAAUAUUCAGGCAGACGAAACAGUGUUAAAACAUUGCCCUUCUUUGGAGUUUUCCAGUUUUUGAGGAAGCCAAAGGAAGAAUGGGGAGGCGAGCAGCUGACCUGACGACUCCGGUUCCAGUGUUGGGUGUCCCUGCCACUGUAGGGGUGCGGAGCUGGAAGAUGACAGGAGAAGACAGAAGCGGAGGAGCCCUGCUGCAGACCUGGGGACAGUGCACCAUUGGCAUUCAGACAUCUCCAGGGAUUAGCAGAACACCCAUUCAACUACCUGACAGUCUCUCAAACAACAUUCUGCAAACAACCGACAGCUUUAUCACCAAGGAAACCAAGGCUGUAUCACUUCACAUAAAGAAUGACAAAGAGAAAGGGAAUAUUUCAAGGCUGAAAACUGAGGAAACCAAGAUAAAGAAGGAAGUGACUUUCAAAGCAUUUGGAGCUGUCACCUCAAAUGAUGUUGCUGCCUUUCAGAAGAGAAGUGGUGGGACUUACUGCUAUGCCAGGGCAAUUAAAACCAAUCCCCUCAUUGCAGGCACUACCAGCAACAGAUUGAAACCAUCCAGUCGUUAUAUCAAUGGCAGUGUGGUUGAUUCAGAGGCAAUUGGUGGAAUUAGCGUCGUUAAUGAUGAUACAGAGCCUUUGAAUGCUGCAAGCUCUCACAACAGAGACCUACAUCAUCCCUAUACAGAUCAGUCUUUAAAGAUGCAGUCAUUAUCACUGGCUAUGGUGCGAAAAAUGUACAACUACGGUGGUGAGAAGCAAUCUGUAAUGUCCAGAGGCAACAUCCUGGGGCAGAACAGCCCCAUUUCCGAUACAAUCUUUGGAGAGAAACCAUCAAAGCCAGCCCUCACAUCUCUGUUUACAGCCUCACAUACGCUUCCUCACAUACUCAAACAAAAUCAUCUAAAUUCUCAGACCCGAUCAGUUAAAAAAACAAAGACAUGUGACCCUCACCUAUUAUAUCUUAAUAAAGAGCCAAGAUGUAGACAAACACCCCACCCUGCAUGUCCAGUACACUCCAGAGGCAGUUUAGCUAAUCUUUUUCAUGCACAUACUUCAAGUGACAUAACAUCCAUAAAACCUGAAGCCACCCUCAAUGGUAAAGCUCUUAUAGUUGCUGAAGCCACAAAUAAAAGCAGACAGGAGAAAUGCACAAUAAACUGCGUCACAAAUUCCAUGCAGGAAAAUAAAAUCCCCCUCCUUAAUUUUACCCCUCUGAUGGCCACGGCAAUCAAAACUUUUCAAACCUCCCCUAAGGGCCUGAAAACAUCGCCCUGCAACUCUCUUCUGGACAAUAUUCCUCAAAAUGUAUCCGUCUCUGUCCAUACUGCACCUAAGAGCCCAGAUUUAUCUUUGAAUCCUGUAGCUACAGGGACUAAAAGAACAUCCAGUGCAGUUCCACAGAAAACUUUUAAUUUGGAAACAACAUCCACUACCUGUAAUCUCAGUGCACAGCAAAAAACUUUGAACUCAACACACAUGGCACAAAUUUUUAAAUCAGAACCCUCAUCAAACCUCACACUGAUAGGGUCCCCACCAGAUUUAUAUAUAUGCAAAGAAAAGCCCUCGAUAAGUGCUGUCAGUGCAUCACCAGAUAAAAAGUAUUUUAUUGACAACGAAGCUCAAUUUCCCGCUUCUGUUAAUCCAGCUCAGGAACCUGCUCUGCAUUCAUUCCAAAGCGCUGCUGUCCCAAAGAUCCCUUUAAAUCAUGAAGUUAAUCCAGAUCAAAUUACAUGUAAAAGCAGCAUAGAUAAAGCUGUUCCUUCACAAAUCCACUCAGCUCAAUUUACCUUCUCUAACUGUAAUCCUGCACUGCAUAUAUCUACGUCGUCUUCAAACAAAAUACCCGGUGUAUCUAAAUCUCCUGACUGCGGACCUGAAUCACCAGUAGCUAAUAUUGCCAGUCAUUCCACAGAAUCUAAAAACACAGCAUGCAGGUCCAUCAAACCUGAACUGAAAAAAACAACAUUCCAGGCAAGUUCUCUACUUACACCAUCAAGAGAGAUGGGAGGUAGUACUGCAGCAUCCAGUGCAUCAUUGCUUAAAUUAACAGAAACAAAUGAGGUACAAUGGAACAACGAACCAAGUGACAAAAACAAAGCCCACCACACACAAGAACCAGACGUCAAAAGUAAAGACAGUAUUAAACCUUGUGUUCAGGUUGUCUUUCCCAAUCAGCAGAGCAACUCCUUAACAACUCUGCAAAAUAUGUCGGAAUCUGUUAACAGAGGUAGUGAUGCUAAAACAUACCGCACUAGUCCUCCAAUAACUCCCACUACGGAACUGCAGUUUGAUGAUAGCCAAUUUAGAGAUAAUGCAAUCAACCAAUUUGCAAUGCACGAGUGCAAAGAGCGUGACAAUACAAAAUGUUCACAUAUCACUAAACGUCAGAAUAGCUUUUCACAAAUGAAGCCAAGCACCUUUAAUUUCUGGGCUAAUCCGGACAGAGAGCAACAAAGACAACAUUAUCAAGGUCACAUGGAAGCAGACAGACACAAUGCAACAAUCCCACCGGGACGAACAACCAGGGACUCAGAUUCAAAUGCACAACAGUUUGCUUUAAGUGCAGUAAACAGCCAUGCAGAUGUAAAGUGUGAAUCCAGUUUAGAUAGGCAAAAGCAUCCUGGCUAUUUUUCCCACCCAGUCAUAGCACAAGCUAACGGUGAUUCCACUUUCUCAAAAACAAACACACAGGUGAACCCCAUUACCCAGUCAACUGACUGCCAGAUUUCCCAUUUUGAUAUUAAAUUACAAAGGCAAAACUACACAAUUCCAGAACGUUCUGUCAGUGUGCCAGCAACACUCACCACUGAAAGAGGGCUACCAUUGCACACAGCCCCUGAAUGGGAGCUGCCCUCUAAAUCAUGUCCCCCCCUCCAGUCCAGAGAGGUGGAGGCAAUCAGAAGACUAGAUUUAAAGUUUAGCCCCAGAGCUCCCCAGUCAGGCCCAGGAGGCUCUAAGCUGUUUCACUCCCAUCCUUCUGAUGUAGCCCUACUGCUCCCGCCUUCCCCGCAAUGCUGCAGCUCUGCAGGUCUGGAGCAGAGGCUCAGAAGUGUUGAGGACAGCCUGGCAGCCAACAAGGACAGGAUCACCACCCUGCUUAACAUCAUUCAGGACCUGGAGACAUGCAACUCUCCCAACAGCCUGCUGAGGUGUUGCAAAAGUGGGCUUGACCUGAAAAACUGUUCAACUUGCCAGAAGACUGCUUGUAUCAUGUACAGUGUUGAGUAUGACUUCAGGCAACAGGAGAGACACUUCAUGGAGGUUCUGAAUUACUCACCGACUGAAAGGAACAGUUUUUCUGCACAUCAAGCUGAGCGCUCAAACCUUGGCCCGCUGCGAAACGUCUUCUUUAAGAACUUCACAAAGACAAAGUUGAAGAGCAAAAAACUGUGCAAGACUCUUUUCAAGUGGAUUCCAAGAAAAAUACAUCAAGUGUAGAUCUCUAUGUUAUACAAUAUGACACCAGCAUGAACCAUUCUUCUCUAUUAUAGUGUGGAAUAAUCGAAGUGAAAAGCAGACCAAUAACACUACACACCAAGCGGAGCAAGAAGUCAAUUGGUUUAUCUCCUGAUAAACCAAUCAACCAGACACUGGCAAAGAGAUAAAGUAGCUAAUUUCUUCAAGUUAUCUUGUUGGAAAUAUGUUUAA